AUAUUUAAUAGCCGCGCCGAUGCCGUACCGUGCGCUCGUCUGCAGCCGCGCCGCGCCACAUCACAAUCGUCCGGUCGCCGUUGCCGCGUAGUAGUCGUCGUCUGCGCCAGUGUCGCCGUCGUAUUCGUGUUCGUCGUCGUCGCCGCGUCCGUACGGCUCUGUGAUUAUAAUACUAUUAGAUAUUAUAAUAGUAUUUUAUAAUAUUACACACUGCAUAUUUUGUGAUCGCCGUUUUACAGUUGUUUUCGUUGUUACUUUAGUGUUAUACAAUCGUACUCGCGCGAUGAUGGUGUUGGACUCGGGACAAGCGUCCCCGUCGUUACGGCUGUACGCCGCGGCUGCCGCGGCCGCGGCCAACAGUUACGGUGGUGCGGCCGCUGCGACGUCCGGAGGCGCAGGGCAACAGUCCGGCGGCGGUACAGGAGGCGUCCAGAUGCCGCCGCAUCCGCUGUUCCCGCACUUUGCCGCCCGUUUCCCGCACGGCAUGGCGUCCGCGGCCAGUUUCGCGGCCGCAGGCCUCUCACCGUUUCUCCAGCAACACCACGUCGAGCACGCGGCCGCCCAGCGAUACGCGAUCGCGGCAGCCGCUGCCGCUGCGGCCGCAAGGAACAACACGGUCGCCGGUCACGUAAUGUCCGCGGCCGUGCACCAACAACAACAGCAACAGCAGCAACAACAACAACACCAACACCACCAUCACCGGCCCAACUCGGAACCAGCGGGUAAGAAACGGCCUCACCACCUUCACCAGCAACAGCAGCAACAGCAACACCAAUUACUGCUACAGCAGCAACAGCAACAGCAGCAGCAGCAGCAACAACAACAGCUACAGCAGCAGCAACAGCACAGGAUUAUUAAUAUGUCGGGCAAUCAUAGUGACGACAGCGCCUCCGAAAACGGAUCACCUAAAAAAGGUGGAGUGGACGGAGACAGCGCAGCAGGUAGUUCGGAAGACCUGGCCAACAAACGGCGAAGGUCCAGAACAAACUUCAACACGUGGCAGCUGGAAGAGCUGGAACGGGCGUUUUUGGCCAGCCACUACCCCGACGUGUUCAUGAGGGAGGCUUUAGCCCUGCGGUUGGACCUCAAGGAGUCCAGAGUGGCUGUAUGGUUUCAAAACCGGCGAGCGAAAUGGAGGAAAAAGGAACACACCAAAAAGGGUCCGGGUCGACCUGCCCACAACGCACAUCCGGUGACUUGUUCCGGAGAACCAAUACCUGCGGACGAGUUACGGCGCAAGGAGCGCGAACGACGGCAGAAAAAGUUGCUCAAGAGCUUGGAACGACAACAGAGGAAGUUGGCCGCCAAAGGUGUGCACGUUGACUUGGACACGCUGCGCAAGGAAUGGGAGUCUCAGCAAGCUAACAAUGCGGCCAAAAAACACGGCCAGAUGGAUUGCGGAGUGGUCGGCGGAGGAAUGGACGGAGUCGGUGGAUCUUCGAACGCCGGUAUGGAUCUGUCUUUCCACGACUCGUCAAGCUGUUGCAGCGGACAGACGAGCCGGGAUGAGGAGAUCGACGUGGUCGGCGAAGAGGACCACCUCCUGCACCACCAUCACCACCAACACCCACACCAACACCACCACAGAAUGUUACACCACAGGCGGAGCGCGAGUACGACGUUCGACGAUGAUGACGACGACGACGAUUUGGACGAGGACGAGGACGAGGGACUGCCGCCGUACGCGCGCGCAGCUGCUGCUGCGGCGGCGGCGGUGGCCGCUGUGGCCGCUGCUUGCCGUGGCAACGACAGCUGUAGUUCGGACGACGAAUACGGCGGCGGGCGAUUGUACAGGCGGCCACCGGCCGCCGACGGCGAAUCGUCGCCGCCUCCACCUCUGCUAAACCUGACCACGUCGUCGACGGCCACCGCGGACAAGGCCCGCCGCCUGAACCCGUUCAGCAUCGAAUCCCUGUUGGCCGGCGGCAAUCGACCGUUCAGCAUCACCGCCGCCCACGUCAAUAACAUCAACAACAUCAACAACAAUAACAUCAACAACAACAACAACAAUAAAGUGUGAACUCCCUCCCGCGUACCUCAUCACACACAUUCCCACCGUCAAUUUGCAUAAGCGUCGUCGUCGUCGUUCGUCAUCAUCGUCAUCAUCAUCGCAGGUUCCUAUAUGAUAUUAUUUAUAUUAUACAGUCGAGUCCCGAUAACUCAAAUCUCAAAGUGAAUAACAAUACAUUUGACUUAAUAUUAUGUUGUUAUAUGAGUUGUAUACGUAGCUCAAACACAACUUAACACCACGAGGGGUGAAAAAAAAAUUUGAGGUAUCGAGGUUAUCGAGACUCGACUGUAAAAUUUAGAUAUUUAAUUUUAUCGAAGAUCCGAUGGCCUAUAAUUGUAUUAUAAUAAUUUAUCUGUAAAAAUUACGUUUCUCUUUAAAUUCUUUCAUUUUUAUUCUAAAGACUGCAGCAUAAGUGUAUAUCGUAUAAUAAAAUAUAUUAUAACACUCGGCUGCAGGUGAACAAUAGAUCGUCGUACAUAAAACAUAAUAAUUUAUAAUAAGCGUUACGAUAUUGAAUUUUAAUUCACAUUUUUUUUAUUAUUUUCGAAAUUUUUCAAUCAAGUCUGAAUCGUUUUUGUGCAGCAUUAUAAUAUUAUAUUAUUAUAGGUAGGUAUUCAUAUUACAGUAGGUACCUAUCUAGUACGUACCUAUUAUAAAUAAGUGCAACCGAGAUUUGAUCCAACGACAAACACGCGAUUUUUGACUAUUGUUAAUAACUUGGUUUUUAUUAUUUAUUUUUAUUAUUAUUAUCAUUAUUAUUUGUUAUACAAUUAUUAUAUUCGUGAACCACCUGACUGCGAUUUGAUGACAGCGCGAGGAGGGAACCCCGUCCUUAUUAUUAUAGUACCUAUAUAUUGAUGACGCAAUUUGCGAAAUUACUUUGGAAUCCACGUGGUUUAAUAUCAUAUACAUUAUUAUAUUGUAAAACGUCGUGUUAUUUAUUUACUGUUCUCUGUACAGAUCUAUAUAUUAACCCCCGUCCGUUAUAAACAGCCCAUUAGUAAGUAUAACAAAAAUCUAGUCAAUAAUAUUUAUUAUAUGUUUAUGUCGUAAGUUAACACAUUGUAUAUAAUAAUAAUUGUCGUAUAUAUAUUAUUAUUAUUAUUAUUAUUAUUAUUAUGAAAUUGUAAGUAAUUUAGUUAAGACACGUUUAUAAUAGCGAUUACUAUAUAUUAUUAUAUUGUAAACACCGUGGACGAAAUAAUAUGUAUAGGUAUCCAUUUAAUUUUUUGUUGGCGCAUAUUAUCUGUAAAUUCAAAUAAUAUUAUUGUACUGUAUACCUGCGUAUGGUUUUGUGUACGAGUCCGAAGAAACAUAUUUUAUAAUAUUAUAUGUUAUUAUAUUAUAUUAUAAUUAUUAUUGUGUAUAGAA